GGAAAAGAAAGGGUUAAAUCUGGUGGCGCUCUUACCCUCCCUUGAAUCUUUGGGCAUUUUUAAAACCAGGACGUCUCGUGUGGGAUCAACAGCUUCAGGAUGUCGGCUGAUUUUUUGAUCUGCAGCAUCUGAGCAGGGAUCCAAAAACCGUCCUAAACGAUGGAUGACAGCAGCAACCUGAGCGGAUGUUUUCUGCAGUAGAAACCGCGAUCUGUUUCAAGAGAUUUCGUUUUUUCGCUCUUUUUAUUUGCGACGAGUUUCCAUAAUGCGCUGCUCGGAGAUCAGCAGAUCCGCCGUGAUUGUGCUCUGUCUUUUGGGAUGCAAUAUCUGGAAAGCGGUAACAGAAGCCUUCAGAGAAGAUAGCGACUCCAAGGAAGUGGCUUUGAAGGUCCACCUGAGUGACGCCAGCACUCACCAGCCGCUCUCGGAUGCAAAUGUGGAGGUCUUUGCUAAUCACACCACCGUUGCUCGGGAGACUUCCGGCAGUGACGGCAACAUUUUCAUCAGGUUUCCGUAUCGCCUGGGUGAGCUGCUAGUCAUCACAGCUACCAAGCGAGGCUAUGUCCCUAACUCCGCCCCUUGGAGACCAUCCAGGCUUCCCGUCUUCUCAUCACUGAGCCUGAAUCUGCUUCCUGAGAGAGCUGCAACUUUAAUGGUAUAUGAGGACGAGGUUCAAAUCAUCUCUGGAUACCAAGGAUCGAGGCUUCAGCCAUUGGUUCAGUUCCAGAGACGAGCUCUGAGACUUCCACCUAAUGUCACCUACACCAACCUGACUGCCUUCCUCACUGUGACACACUCAGGCCAGGCAACACAGCAAUUCCCAUACCUUCAGGGCCUCGGCUCAAACAGCUCAGGCAGCGACCGCAGAUUUGAGCUGACCCCUGUGGCUGCUAUAAGCGUUCAUCUUUUGGGCAGCGAUGGGGCAGAGCUUCAUGUCAGUGAACCAAUCAGUGUGAGCGUUCCCCUCCCUGCUAAUAGUGGCUUGAAGGAGAAUGACCACAUUCCUGCCUGGAGGUUCGAUCCCAAACUCGGAGCCUGGUUGAAGAGCAGUUUGGGCUACGUGCAGAGAGAAGGAGGUGGAGAGCUCAUCCUCACCUACAUCGCCCCUCAGCUUGGUUACUGGGUAGCAGCCAUGUCUCCUAUAAACACAGGUCCUGUGGUUGCGAAGGACAUCAGCACAUACCACACUGUGUUCCUUUUGGCCAUCCUGGGAGGCAUGGCCCUCAUCCUGCUCUUCCUCCUCUGUCUUCUGCUCUGUUACUGCAGGAGAAAGUGCUCACGCUCCAGACGGGCUAACCAGAAGUACUCUCUGACCUCACUGGACAGCUCUAAAAGAGAUCAAGCUACGUCCAUGUCUCACCUCAACCUCAUUAACGAAACCCAACCAGACCAGUUGGGGGUGGAACCAGACCUGCACACACCCAUGCUGAACGCCGCCCCUCACGACUCAUCCACCAGUGAGCUAGUGUCUUCUCGAAAUGAGCUCGGGAGUCGGUCCCAGCGUGACUAUCGCCGUAGCUACACCUCUAUCGUCUCAUCAACCGUCCAUCCUCUGCACAUGUCUGCUUUGUCCUCAUCUCCGUAUCCGCUGCAACACGCUGCCUCAGCUGGCCGCCUGUCCUCAGAGAGCAAGGCCAAUCCACGCGAGCUCCGCCUUUCUCCAGCCAUGACUUCACCCACAACUUCACCAGAGAGAGAUCUGGGGAGUGAGCAUCGUCCAUCUGACUUCCUGCUUUCACGCUCUGUGGAUCAGCUAGAACGCCCUCCAGGUCUUCUGCCUCGGCCCGGAGAACUGCUCUGCUGCACGUCGGAGCUGCAGGUCAGCCAGGGUGGAGCCGGAUAUCAGAAAGGCCGUCCCACUUUGCUUAUCCCUGCCCAUUAUAUGCGGCUGCCUGGGACACACCCUCUAUCAGGACAAGCGCUUCUACUCCAGUCUGAUGAACGGAGCGAGCUCGAGAGCAUCCGUGCAGAGCUUAAUGCAUCUCAUCAGCCUCAAGCUGAAGUUGUACAAGUGGACGACAUGGGUGAAGAGAUAGAUGAGGGGAAAACAGGAGCGAGGGAGGCAGGAGGAGGGACAGUGGAUGAGUGGACGUCAACGUUGCCUGAAGCCUUGUCAAUCCCCAACUCACUAAGCGAGGCGGCACUCGGGGUGGUGCAGAUGAACGGAGAAGAUCAGCUACUGGCUGAAAAGACGUUAAUGGAGUUGAGGGGCGGGAAACCCCUGCCACAUCCACGAGCCUGGUUUGUGUCACUGGACGGCCGUUCGAACGCACACAUCCGCCAUUCUUACAUCGAUCUACAGAGGGCUACACACGGCACCUGCUCUGUGGGCAGCAACGAUGCCAGUUUGGACUCGGGCGUAGACGUAAGUGACGUCACGCCGAGCCGCAAGAACAAAGGCCAGGAAAAGAACGCGGUUAGGACACCCAAUGUGGCAUGCACAUCGCUGGUAUUUAUGGAGGAUAAAGUUAAUGCUCAUUCAGAACCCAACGAAAGUGAAAGCCAAACUCCUGCCUGUAGCCCGGAAGAAAACUCUAAUAAGCCCUUGUUGCCCAGCUCCGAGGUGGAGGAAGAGACUAUAGUGCCUCCUUCACCUCCUUUGCUACCCACUCCUCCACUCCCAUCCCCUCCUCCGCUCCCGGAUCCCACCAUGGAGGAACAAGAGGAUUCAAGAGUAGAUACUGAGCAGAUAGUGAGGACUGAGCAUGCACAAACGCACCUUAAGCUUCCCUCGAGCAACAGCGCCCCGGAUGGUUUGGCUGCUCCUGAGGACAUUGAUGAGAACAAGAAGAGUCCGUGGCAAAAGCGUGAGGAAAGGCCACUGCUUGCCUUUAACCUGAAAUAAACCCUGACCUUUAGCCUUAUUACCUGUGGAAAUGCCUUUUGGCUGAAGGAUUUAGGGUCUGACUUUUACAAUACCUGUGAAAGUGGAGGGAGGGGGGAACAAAGCCAUCAAAAUUAAUAACAGCUUCCAGGAACUUGCUCUCCAAAAGCACUCCGCGAAACCCAUUUAUGCACAACAGCUAUGCCUUUUUAAACAAACUGCAACAAAAAAAAAUGAAAGCCAUUGAAUGGUAUGAAGGUGAGAUUAUUUAGCUUUAUGAACUGCUGCUGGUGUUCAGGUAAGCAAUAGGAUCUUCAACUGGCAGCAUACAGAGCACUGAGCACUGCGUCUUUGUCCACAGUAAAUGUUUAAUCACGUGUUCGUCCGCUGUGUCCCAGCACUUAGCUGAACAAAAUAGUGUGUCGAGGUGUUGCGUCCAGUGGUUUUCCGUCUCCGACGAGUGUUUUCUUUUUUAAAUGCAUCACAGGCGAGUUUUCAAUCUUAGGCAUCAAUCAAAUGCAGUAUUUCCUUCUCAGUUUGAUUAUCAGAUUUGUCCACUUUAAUAUCUGUGAACUUCCUGUUGUUCUUCACAUUUGAUACUAGAGGCUCGCAUUGCUAUGCAUUGAUAUAUUUUUUUAUUAUUUUUGAAAGCGUAUUAUGUGUGUUCAUUAUCGUAUUCACUGUUUUGAAUGUGAAACACAAUUUAAUUGAGUCUUUUCUUUGGGCAAAACAUAUGUUUCUUUUUCCUUUUUUUUUUAGCUUGUCUUACAUUUACAAAAUGCUCCGUCUGUCUAAAGUGCCUAUGUAGCAGAUGCAUUCAUUUACAAUCCUCAUGUGUCUCUUUGCAGAUUCAAUCCUGUUACAUAUCUAUGCUUUGUUUUUUGUAUAUAUAUAUUUUUUUUCAUGUAGUGCAUAAACCAUGUGUCUUUGUACAGUGGGUGAAUGAUGUGUCUCUACUCUGUGUUUCUCCUCUAGCAAAUUUCAAGACGUUAAUUUUAGCCUGGUUGGUAAUUUGUGUACGAAUGAAUGUGCUACAGUAGGUUGUGGUUGUCGCCCGUGGCCAAAUGGUGUGUGUGUGUGUGUGUGUGUGUGUGUGUGUGUGUGUGUGUGUGUGUGUGUGUAUAUGAAAGCUGUCCUUGUGACAUAACCACUUUGCAAUCACUUCCCAAAAAUCUCCUUUUGAGUGGUUGCUUAUGAUAUAAAUGAGUUCACAAUUUAAAAAAAAUGUAACCAGUGCUGGCAUUAAACAGUGCUUUCACAAA